AUCUUUUUAAGGGUAACUGCCUUCCCACAACUAGCUGUAGACACUGAAGACAGUAAGAAUUUAGACGUUAUGGGUAAUAUACAGGUGAUGCCUCUGUGUUAUCAUUGAAGUAUUAAAUAUGAAGGUGGAACCAUUUUCUGAUGAGAAGCAGAAUGUUUUGUUGGAUAUCAAACUGCUGAAAAAUGAAGAUGAAACUUUCACAAUAACUGAUACUCCAGGAAAAGUUGAUUCCUUGGAAGAAAGUUUUCUACAUACUGAUUUGAAAUUUGGUAAAACAAAAGAAAGCAAAGAAACAAACUGUGAUGUAGCAUCAGAGAAAUGUGAGAACAUGUCUGUUCAAGUGAAAAUGGAACAGCCUGAUGAUCUACUACAAGUUGUUUCAAAGUUCAGUUACAGUGAUGAUGAGAAUCAGGAUAGUUCGUUCUAUAAUGUUAUGAACCUGGCAACAGUAACUGAAUUUCAAAGAGAGAUUGAAUCAGGGUUAGAAAGAACAUGUGAUAAAGAGACCAGUGUGAACAUCUGUAGUGGAAGUCAGUUUCCUGGUUAUGUUAUAAAACAAGAAAAUCACUUUACAGAAGACGUAAAAUCCCAAAAUUACAAUAUUAGUGAAGAAACAAAGUUAAAUGGAAAUAACCUAAAAGCAUCUAACAAACAUCAGUGUGAUGAUAAACUAUACAGUUGUGGAAAAACAUUUGAUAACCUAACACAACAAAAGAAGACGUAUUCUGGAAAGAAACCGUAUCAUUGUGUAGUUUGUGGAAAACAGUUUAAAAGAAAUUGUAACUUAAAAAUGCAUAAAAGAAAACACACUGGGAAGAAACCAAAUAGUUGCACAGACUGUGGAAAACAAUUUCAUUGCAAGAGUGCUUUAAUAAUACAUGAAAGAAUACACACUGGGAACAAGAGUACUUUAAAAAAACAUGAAAGAAUACACACUGGGGAGAAACCUUACAAUUGCACAGACUGUGGAAAACAAUUUCGAGACAACAGUACUUUAAAAAAACAUGAAAGAAUACACACUGGGGAGAAACCUUACAGUUGUAGAGUUUGUGAAAAACAGUUUGGAGCAGACAGACAAUUAAAAGCACAUGAAAGAAUACACACUGGGGUGAAACCUUACAGUUGUACAGUGUGUGAAAAACGGUUUAGAGAAAAGUAUUAUUUAGAAAUUCAUGAAAGAAUACAUAGUGAGGAGAAACCUUACGCUUGUGAAGUGUGUGGAAAAUGGUUUAGAGAAAAGUAUUAUUUAAAAAUUCAUGAAAGAACACACACUGGGGAGAAACCAUACAGUUGCACAGACUGUGGAAAACAAUUUGGAAACAAGUGUAAUUUAAAAAGACAUGAAAGAAUACAUACUGGGGAGAAACCUUAUAGUUGUACAGUGUGUGAAAAAUGGUUUGGAAACGAGGAUUAUUUAAAAAUACAUGAUAGAAUACACACCGGGGAGAAACCUUAUGGUUGUACAGUGUGUGAAAAACAGUUUGGAAAAAACAGUGAAUUAAAAAUACAUCAAGGAAAACACACUGGGGAGAAACCUUACAGUUGUAGAGUGUGUGAAAAACAGUUUGGAACAAACAAACAUUUAAAAGUACAUGAAAGAAUACACACUGAGGAAAAACCGUACAGUUGUGCAGUGUGUGAAAAACAGUUUAGAUUGAAGAGUCAAUUAAAAACACAUGAAAGAAUACACACUGGGGUGAAACCUUACAGUUGUACAGUUUGUGAAAAACAGUUUAGAGAAAAGUAUCAUUUAAAAGAUCAUGAAAGAAUACAUAGUGAGGAGAAACCUUACAGUUGUACAGUGUGUGGAAAACAGUUUAGAUGGAAGAAUCAAAUAAAAGUACAUGAAAGAAUACACAGUGGGGGAAACCUUACAGUUGUACAGUGUAUGAAUAAUGGUUGGAACAAAGGGUCACUUAAAAAUACAUGGUAGAAUACACACUGGGGUGAAACCUUACAGUUGUACAGUGUGUGAAAAACGGCUUAGAGAAAAGUAUCAUUUAAAAGAACAUGAAAGAAUACACACUGGAGAGAAACCUUACAGUUAUAUAGUGUGUGAAAAACAGUUUAGAAGAAAGGGUCAAUAAAAAUACAUGAAAGAAUACACAGUGGGGGAAACCUUACAGUUGUACAGUGUGUAAAAAACGGUUUGGAAACAAGGAUUAUGUAAGAAUACACACUGGGGAGAAACCUUAUAGUUGUACAGUGUGGGAAAAACAGUUUGGAACAAACAAACAUUUAAAAGUACAUGGAAGAAUACACACUGUGGAGAAACCUUACAGUUGUGCAGUGUGUGAAAAACAGUUUAGAUGGAAGAGUCAAUUAAAAGUACAUGGAAGAAUACACAGUGGAGGAAACCUUACGGUUGUACAGUGUGUGAAAAACGGUUUGGAAACAAGGAUUAUGAAA